AUGGCUGUUCCUUCUUUGGCAUAUGCACUACAAAAUAAUUUGGAUUUUGUUGCGCUUUCGAAUUUGGAUGCUUCGGUUUACCAGGUCUUCAGUCAACUGAAAAUUCUGUUUACUGCCAUUUUUAUGGUAUAUUUUUUAAUUUUUUAA